AUGAACGGGCCCGUCACGCUGCCCGAUGACCUGGAGCAGGUGCUCACCGUCGUGUCCACGGGCAUCAUGGAGGGGCACAUCAAGCAGAUCGAUGCGCUGCGCGAGCGCUACAACGAGCAGUUUCCCCUUGUCCGCUCCCUCGCCAAUGUGUUCACGUCCCAUUAUGCGACGUACAUUCUGCACCUGGAGCGCGCGCUCGCGCAGAUCGACGAGGCACUGCUCAUGGCUGAAACGAUUGCGCAGGGCGGGCGCCGCUCCUCGCGCCGUCUCGAGGAGACGCAGCUGGGACGCCUUGGCAAGCUGUUGCAGAGUCUCGAGGAGCUGGCCGCUGAGCGCGGCGAGCCUGGGCUCAGCAUUGCGCUCUCCAAGCCCUUCCAGCGCUUACUCAAGUACCCGCUGCUGUUCCAGAACCUGCUCUACGAGUACGAAGCGACGCUGGCCAUGGUGGACGAGGUGCAGAAGAUUGUGCGCAGCAUCGAGGACGAAAAAUCGACGAACGAGGAGCGCGAGAAGACGCGUGACGCCUGGGCGCGCAUCGACGGCUUCGAGAAGAACAAGACACUGAUGGCGCCCAAGCCAAAUCGUCUUCUCGUCUCCGAAUCGUCUGCCAAGGCGACGGCCGCGACGUCGGAGCGACGCGCGCCCACCCUGAAGGAGCGGAAGAGCCACCACCGGCUCAGCGACAUUCUUAAGGGCAAGUCGACCGAGUUGUGGGUCGUGCGGUUCACAGACGUGUCGCUCCUAUGCGAGCUGAUUGGCACGACGACGCUGCCGAUCAGCACGAUGAGCGAGAACAGGGAGAAGAGCGAGAAGGCCGCGCGCCGUAUGAGCAGCAUGUCCGCCAUGAGCCGCCGGCACCAGAGCCUCAAGACGCGCAACCUGUACAAAUUCGUUAAGGUGCACGAGUGGCACGAGGCGAGGCCCACCCCCUCGCCCGCCGCAGCGCCAAGGCUGUCGCUCGGGUUCCCGCGUCGCAGUACGCUAGGCGGAGUGGCCGAGAAUGCGACGCCGACCAAGCUCCCGCCCUCAAAUAGCCCGACAAAGGACAUGGCCGAGCCGUCCCCCACGCGGGUGCCGCUGAAGGACGGCGACGGCAGUCCGACGCGACUGCAGCGAUCCCGCCAUCCCCUCUCCGAAGCAGGGGACGACGCCAGCGAGUCAAUGUCCGUCAUGUCCUUUGCGUUCCGGGGCGAUGCCCGUCCAGCCGUUCGGCGCAUCAAGCCAGCGACUGGCGCGGGAACGAAGCCGACCGUGCGCCGCUCCCUCGGCGCCCAACCCACGACGGCGGGCAACGCGAAUGCAAAGUUCGCAAACCGGCUUCGCGAAGAUGUGACCGUGCGACCGGCCAGUCGUGUGCGCCGUUCCCUGCCCCCCGCCAUGGCGGGCUCUGUUCCCGUGGGCGGCAAGCGCCCGCCGUGGAACAGCUCGACGCGGCCCGAGACGUCGAGCAUGCGUGAUCUGCCGAGCACGAAUCCGGCCAACCGCAAGAUGGUGCGGCCGCGCACAUCGCUCGGCGGCGAGCGCGAGCGCGAACGCGAGAGCAGCGUUACGGCGCCCACGGCUGCGAGCGUUGCGAGGCGGAGGAACCUCGGAGGACACAUUUAG